AUGGCUCAAGCUAACGGCGGCCAGUGCUCGUCAGACGUCAAAACGGAGGAAUCAUUGACAUCAAAAGAUUAUUACUCGGAUAGCUAUGCCCACUUUGGAAUUCACGAAGAGAUGCUGAAGGACGAGGUUCGGACACUGAGUUACCGCAAUUCGAUGAUGUGGAACCAACAUCUGUUCAAGGACAAGGUUGUGCUGGAUGUUGGCUGUGGGACCGGGAUUCUGUGCAUGUUUGCUGCCAAAGCUGGGGCCAAGAAAGUCAUCGGAAUUGAUAUGUCAGGUAUUAUUGAUCAAGCCAAGAAAAUCGUCAAAGCUAAUGGAUUCGAAGAUACCAUCGUUCUGAUCAAGGGCAAACUGGAAGAUGUAGAAUUACCCGUUGACAAGGUCGACAUUAUCAUUUCGGAGUGGAUGGGUUACUUCUUGCUGUACGAAUCGAUGUUAGACACUGUUCUGUUAGCUCGAGACCGAUACCUGAAACCCGAUGGUUUGAUGUUUCCCGACUCCGCAACAUUAUUCAUGGCUGGCUUGGAGGACCAGGAUUACAAGGAAGAAAAAAUUAACUUUUGGGAUGAUGUUUAUGGAUUCGACUACUCCUGCAUCAAGGAGAUUGCCCUGCGGGAGCCCUUGGUUGACACCGUCGAACUGAGAGCAGUGACCACCAAUCCCUGUGCCGUUCGAACCUUUGAUUUGCUUACCGUGACCAAAGAAGAUUUAGCAUUCCAAGCGCCAUUUUCUCUUGAAGCUACUCGUCAAGAUUACGUUCAUGCAUUGCUUGGAUGGUUUGAUGUAUCAUUCAGGGCUUGCCACAAGCCUGUUUCCUUUUCGACGGGGCCCCACGCCAAAUAUACCCAUUGGAAACAAACCGUCUUCUACCUGAAGGAGACACUAACCGUUGUCAAAGGAGAUAUGAUCGAAGGGACACUUUCAGUCCGUCCAAACGCAAAGAAUCAUCGUGAUUUGGACAUUGAUAUUUCCUACAACCUCGCAGGCCAGCAGCAGACUGCAUCAGAUAGCUUAUCCUUUAAAAUGUACUGA